AUGAAAAUUACAUCAAACUCGCUUGUCCAGGUACAACGUUGUCAUCAUCCUGAGGCCGAUAUUGAAGCAAAGCUAAUGUGUCCUCCUGACCAAUGUCGUAUUAGAGUAGGGGGGGCCCGGGUUCGGGGAGGCCGAAGAGCUCCUGGUGACUUCAAGAAGCACUAUUUCUCAACUCUGGAGGAAAAUGCCAAGUUUACGAUCCAAACUCUCAUGAGAAUACCGGGACUGGAUGUGGUGGUUCCUCAGGGUAAAAUUAGAACCGACAUCCUAGCCACGAUCAAGGAUGACUUGGACCUUACACAAAAGCUGCUGGAUGAAGAAUCUGUCUUCGUGUUGCCUGGACAGUGUUUUGGGAUUGCCAACUACUUCCGUAUCGUGUUUUCAGCACCCCACGAGGUACUUGCUGACGCCUUCAUUCGCCUUGCCGAGUUCUGUUAUCGUCAUCAAUGA